CAUUAACAUCAUAAUUUCAUUCCUUGAUCCAAAUCUCAAUAUUUCAUCUCCUUUUUUCUUCAAAAACGCCACAACUAUGGCCGGAGGAAGAUCAAAGUCAAAGGCAUCGAAGAAGAAAGGCCCUACUGAGGCCACAACCUCUGCACCUCAACCCUUUCCGUACCUGGAUGGAUCCUUCCUCGAAUUUGGCUCGGAGGAAGAACUCACGCGCUUCCUCAAUCACUUUGCCAAACGCCCGAUUUCUCCGCCCAGAGUGCUGCCCGAGCUAUACCCUCAACGAAAGGGGUACCACGACCUCGAGAAUCAGCUUCAAGCGUCAGGUCUGUGGUCGUUGGUCUCCAGGAGCCGUCAGUCCUACAAUCCCACCUUUGUCCGGGCCUUCUACUCCAAUCUCCGCCGUGACGGGGACACCAUCCACAGCAGCAUCAAUCUCUACGACGUAGAGAUUGAUUUGCCUACCUUUGCACGGAUCGCAGGGCUGCCCAUCCGCGGUGACGACAUCGUGACCCAUACCUCGCUCUUCAACGAGGAUUUGAAGGCGAUUCAUGAAAUCAUCCAUGGCGCCUCCAUCAAUUGGGCAAAAUUUGUCAUGAUACACAUGGCGGAUUGCGCCUCACUCGCCACCGAGCGGAGCUUGCCGUACGCAUUCCUCAUCAUGGACAUCAUCAUCUCCGCCGAUAUCCACAUCGCCGGGCCAGACACGAAGAUGACGAAGCUUUGGAUGAUCGCCGACAGCACCUUCCGGAAGAAGUCCGGAGAUAGGGACGGCGCAGGCCCAAGUCGUGCACCAGCCCCCGCUCCCGCCAAGGCCUCUUUGCAAUCCAUAGCCGAUACUCUGAAUCGGCUAUCCCUCACAGUGGAUGGCAUGGGGCAGUCAAUUGAGCGGAUGGACUGGACGCUGCAACGCCAACACCAAGACAUGACGGCGUUCUUCCGCGGCAUCAACUACCUCCCGCCGCCCUUUAACAGCCCCUUCCUCGGCCAAAACUAUGAAGGCGAGGACGAGGAGGAUAACUCCUAUGCUCCAUCCUCCUCCCCCGACGAGGCUGACUUUGAGGAAGCGAUCAACGGGGAUCCCAUGCACGUUGAGGACGACGAAGAAGACGAUGACGCCGAAAACGAGGACGCCGAUGCUUAGACUCUUCCUUCUCUCCUUUCCCUACUUUAAUUGCAUUUCUUUUAUCUAUUUCAAUUCCGUUGUAUUCCGCAUUUUCUCCUUUUUUAAUGAAUAAAAGUUUACUUUUAAACUCUAAAGUUCACUUUUAAUUCUUUUUGUUAAUGUCAAAAGGGGGAAGAUAUUAAGGUUAUGCAUAAAUUGAGGGGGAAUUU